CAGAUUAUUCCUACUUCGAUGAGAUCACAGGACUUGAUGAGUAUCAGAGUUACCUUCAUAGGAAAAUUGUAGACAUGAGUGUUGUACAGAUUGGGUCUUCAGCAGUUCCAAAUGAGUUAUAAAAAUGCCUCUGAUUAGUAGUAAAACUCCAGGAGGAAUUGACUUUAAAGUAUCGUCAAAUGAUUUUGAAACAAACAUCUACAAAGAACUAACAACCCACAAAAAUAAAUCUGGUCUAAAUGAUGGAAAACGGCUUGAAUCAAGUCUGAACCGAGAACUAAAUCUCUAUGGCAUUGAUGAGUACAUAGCUACAAAAUCUACCAACCUCGGGUUCAUUUCAUCAAAGCCUAAACACAAGGGGCACAAGUUAAUUGAUGUAGACGAUCCCUCUUCAUUUGAUGUAAAAACUAGUAACAAGCAUAGCACUUUGCUUCCUCAUGAGAUCAGAAGGAACAAGGAGAUCCUCAUUCGCAAAUAAGGAUCAUCACCAACGACUAAGAAUGAGACAUAAACCCUCGAACGGCUUCUAUAGCAAUUAUGUCAAAAAUAAGAUAAGACAUCGGAAGACAAACAGCGUGCCACCAAAGCAGCACAAACUGCCAGAGAAUACUUCCAAAAUAUAAAGAAAAAUAGAGAUUUUAGUUGUCAGGAAAGUCUGAAUCCAGACUCUUCUUCAAAGCCGAAUCAAGAACUACCAAAUUUUGAUGAAGAAGAGAAUAACAUAAUGUAUGGAAAGAACCCAGUCUUCUCCAAUAAUUACCUGUCAAAGCUAAACACCCAUAACCGGGAAGAGCCGGUCUUUCCCUACCUCAAACAGAAGAUCUUGAAGUCCAAGAACCUGUGCCCUGAAUUCCAGCAGAAGAUAUCUGCUGGCACAAAGCCAGAAGGAUUGAAACUUCUGAAGACUCCGACAGGGGCAUACCAGAACAUUAAGCUUUCUAAGUCAUUUUAUGAGAAAUUGGGAGGCCCAAUUUCACCCAAAAGUCCUCAAAAAACAAAACAUGUUGGGCCUGCUCAGAAUAUCUUUCAGAACCAUCAUCUUCAUAACACCAUUAAUCUCCAGAACAGCUUUGAGAAUAUCAAAGAGAAGUUACUCAAAAAGUCUUCAAGAAACUUGACAGAAAGUAACACUACGAACAGCUAUGUCCCUUCAAGUCGGAGAAGGUUCAAGGUGCUUAACAAAUAUAGUUAGAGAGUUUCAGCAUGUUAA